GUACUCUUCUGACAUGUCCUACUCAUAAAAAAUCGACAGAUAUACAAAAAAAAAAAAAAAAAAGGAAGUAGUCCUCUUUUAUUUUUUUAUUUUUUUUAUCUGUUGAUUAGGACGGAAGAAAGUAUUGUUGGGUUGGGUUCCUACCUGCGUUUUUCCUCCCACCCACCCCUUUGCAUGCAUUUCUGGGUUGGCACAGUGACACGUCAGCUACAGCGACACGUCAGCAGUGCCACGUCAGACACAGUGACACUGCCACGUUUGACACAGCGCCACGUCAGCAGAGCCACGUCAGCAGAGCCACGUCAGCAACAUGAUGAGCCCAUUGCCGACUACAAAAAGCGCUUCGAGGCUCAGCUCGCUGUAAUCGAGGUUGAGGAACAACGCCAGCUGACAGUCAAGGCUGCCCAGCUACAGGCUGAAGAAGCGGCAACAGCAGAGAAGCUGCGGCUACAGGCCGAAGCAGACGCAAAUGCCCAGGCUCGCCGCAAGGAAGCCCAGGAUCUGCUGCAGCGGCAUGAAGCCAACGGCAUCGAGAGACUCAAGUUCUGGCACUUUGAACCAAACGGCAACGAGGCAACACCAGAAGAGCAGCAUAAGGAGUUUCUCUCCAAACUUGUGACACGGCUGUUGUACAAUUGCAACUACCAACAGUCUGAGUUGGAGAAACAGUACCAGGAUCUGACGCUACAGCAUCAGGAGUUGGCGAAGCUCCGCCGCACAGUGCAGAGCCACGAGGAUGCAACUCGGGCACUCAAUGCCCGAUUGUUGGACCUGGAACAGGCUGUACCAGGACCAGCUCUUGGGGCUUCCGGCAGUGCACCCUCUAGCCGCCAACAGGAGGAACGCGUUGACCACGUAGUGGCAAUGCUCGGUGAUAUAAGCACCUUCGCUGCGCCGACCACCAUCAGCAGUCAUCUGCAUACCUUGAAGACCGAGGUCCAGCAGCUGCAGUCGGCAAACACGGAUGGCAAUCCUAAGUUGUACAAGAUGCCAACUUUCCAACUAAAAAAGUUCGACGACUACACGCAGCAGGAUCCGGUCCUCUGGUGGGAAGCAUUCACGACGCAACUGAGGAUUCUGCCUGUCGCUAAGCAUGCGUGCAUCGGCGCCCUGUUCAUGAACUCAAAGGGCGGAUGCCAGAUCUGGUUGACCCACCUAGCAACCUCUCACGGCGUCGACGUACCAGACUUGAAGGACAAGAUCACAUGGGAGGAAUUGACACGGCUGUGGAAGAAACGGUUCAUCGUCGACGACGCGCCGACACUCGCCAUCAACCGUCUUUUCACCAUGUCACAGGGCAGCAAAGCAAAACGGGACUGGCUCACGGAAUGGCAGAAGAUUGCGGCAGUGCCCAAUCUGGACUUGCCAUUCACGCAUCUACGCCGUGAGUUCUACAACAGGUCCUGUGCUGCAUUGAGCCAGGCUCUUGGUGAUCGCGAGCAGUCAGCUGCACACGAGAAGUCAACAUGGCAGCCGACCUAUGUGGAGAAGGUACGAACUGGUCCGCGACCACAGCACUUCGCUGCAGUCCAAUCGGAUAGUGGAGAUAACCCAGCGGCCACUCCCGCAUCAGGUGACAGAGAUCAGGUGGCUGUUGUCCAGCCGCGAAGCAACAACAAGUCCCGCAAUAAUGAGAAGGCGAAACCAGCAUCGCAGGCCGGAAACGGACAGCCUCCAUGGGUUAAGUUCGGCUUGACCGAGGCGGAGUACAAGGUCCGCGGCCGCUACGGCAGCUGCUAUUGGUGCAACAGCACCAAGCACAAGUCCUCCUUGUGCCAGGAUCAGGGCAAGGAGGAUGUGCGACCCCGCCUCAACUUGGGAAACAAAGUUCCGCGGAAGUGGAUGCCCGUUCCCCCGACCGGACGAUUGUCGAAACCGCAUUGCAAUGUGCUCAUGGCACAACUGCGGGAUUACUCGCACACUGCAGGACCAGCUCCGUUGAUGGACGCCGGAGUAGAGGUUGUCGACCUUCACGCGUACAUUGUGAAGAUCGACCGCGAGUUCAAGACGCAACGGUACGAUGACAUCGACGCACCAUUGCUAUAUGGACGCAUUCAGAUCGGAGAGGCGACCUGCAACGCCUUAAUCGAUUGCGGAGCAUCUCGCAACUACAUCAGCGAGGACUUCAUGGUGCGCGUCGGCCUUGGCCCACGCGUCUGGAGGAAGUCCCAGCCUACGCAAGUCACCUUGGCGGACGGUCACACGCACAAGUCAAUCGACCGGUGCAUUGACAACGUCCGAGUGUACUUUGCCCCUCACGCAAGUGAGGYGGUGUCCUUUGACAUUCUGGACACCAAAUUUGACAUGAUCUUGGGCAUGUCAUGGCGGCGAAGCGAGGAUCACCCGGUGAACUUCUACCGCCGCAUCGUUCACGUUCGUGAUCGGAACGGAGUACUAGUCCCAUGCACGGUAGCUCCUCCUCACCCUUCAGUCAGCUGUCACGUGGUAUCCGCCGCAAGCAUGCAAGCUUCCAUCAUCAGAGACGUCAUCGAGGAGAUGGGGGUGUGUUUUCUCCACGCCCUCCCGCCCCAUGACGCUUCAUCGGUGGACUCAUCUUCGAAUCCACGCAUCACCGAGCUUCUCGACGCCUACAGCGACGUGUUCGAAGGCCCGCACGGAGUAGUACCGGAUCGGCCCAUCCGCCACGAGAUCAUCCUCGAGGACAGGGUCGUACCUCCGCGCGGUUGCAUCUACCGAAUGAGCGAGGAAGAGUUAAGUGUGCUCCGCGCACAACUCGACAACCUUCUAGAGAAAGGCUGGAUUCGGCCUAGCUCAUCGCCAUACGGUGCUCCUGUUCUCUUCGUCCGGAAGAAGAACAAGGACCUGCGGUUGUGCAUCGAUUAUCGCAAGCUCAACACACAGACAAUCAGGAACGUCGGUCCUCUCCCACGCAUCGACGACCUUCUCGAGCGACUGGGCGGCGCCAAGUUYUUCUCCAAGCUGGACCUCAAGUCGGGAUAUCACCAACUCGAGAUUCGCAAGGAGGAUUGUUACAAGACCGCGUUUAAGACGCGAUAUGGGCAUUUCGAAUGGCUGGUUAUGCCAUUUGGCCUUACGAAUGCCCCGACCACUUUCCAAGCGGCUAUGACAACGGAGUUCCGACACAUGCUGGAUCGCUUCGUACUUAUCUACCUCGAUGACAUUCUGGUCUACAGCCAGAGUUUGGAGGAGCAUGUGGAACACCUGCGCACCGUUUUGGAGCGGCUACGACAAACCAAGUACAAAGCCAACCGCCACAAGUGCGAAUUCGCGCGGCAGGAGCUGGAGUACUUGGGCCAUUAUGUGACGCCGCAAGGCAUCCGUCCGCUCGCGGACAAGAUCGAGGCCCUACGAGUCGACCCGACAGUCGACGGCAAGCGGGACGACCCGGUGUGGCAUUUCGUGGCCAGAGGGCGUUAUUUGGAUGGGUCGACGGCGGCGGGCAGGAAGAGCGGUCGUCGAUGCCUGUGCAGGUUGUGCGGGCGUUCGAUUUGUGGGGGCGCUAAAGCCGCCAAGGAGCACUUCUCGAAGAGCGAGAAGUUCCGAUGUGAGGCAGCCACUCCUGCUGUGUGGAAUGCGAUCUGGUGGAAGGACAUGACAAAAUGUCCAAAGGAGUUCGCGUAGGCCAUAGAAACGUUGCAGAGCCACUUGC